GUGCCCGGGCGCCGGCUCCAGGCGUCAGGCCCGCGGCGCCGCAAGCCCCAGGCUGCCCGGCCAGACAAGCGGCCAGCGGAGCGGCCCCAGGAGCGCGGUGACGAGGCGGCGGGCUCGGACCAGGCCUCCGACCUGGACAGCGUCGAGUGGCGCGCCAUCCAAGAGGGCGCCAACUCCAUCGUCACGUGGCUGCACCAGGCGGCGGCCGCGGCCACCCACGAGGCCUCAUCUGGCUCGGACUCCAUCCUGUCGGAAUCCGGGCUGUCAGGCUCCACCCUGCAGCCGCCGGUGCACAGGAAGGGACAGCGGCUGCAGGCGGGCGGUGCCGCGAGGCCGAGGCCGGAGAAGCGGGACUCAACCCUGGCCCAGCACGGCCCCAGUGGCCCCGAGAAGCUGCGUGGUGCUCAGAAGAUGGCGUGCAGGGUGCCGGCCGUGCUCCGGGGACGGACCGUGAUCUAUGUGCCCAGCCCGGCCCCCCGGGCACAGCCCAGAGGCAACCCCGGCACCCGUGUGGCACCGAGGAAGGUGGGAGCCCCUGCGCAGCCCGCAGCGCCGGCCAAAGCCCCCAGCCCCGGGCAGCAGCAGCAGCAGCAGCAGCAGCGGUCUCGAAGCCUACACCGGCCGGGCAAGAUCUCGGAACUGGCGGCACUGAGCCCCCCCCAGCGGAGCGCCACGCCGCCCGCCCGCCUGGCCAAGGCCCCCUCGUCCGGCUCCUCCCCGGCCUCCCCGGCCUCCCAGCCCCCGCCCAGGAGGCCGCCCUCGGGCCCCCAGGCUGCGGGGCCCCUACCUGGUCCCGGGGCGUCUCUGGCGCCCCAGACGCCCGCGCGGGCCCUACUGUCCAAGCAGCACAAGACGCAGAAGUCACCCGUGCGGAUCCCCUUCAUGCAGAGGCCCGCCAGGCGGGGGCCGCCAGCCCUGGCCCGGGCAGCCCCGGAGCCGGGCCCCAGGGGCCGGGCAGGAGCCGAGGGAAGCCCGGGCGCCCGAGCGGGCCGCCUGGGCCUGGUGCGCGUGGCCUCCGCCCGCUCCAGUGGCAGCGAGUCCUCCGACCGCUCGGGUUUCCGGCGGCAGCUGACCUUCGUCAAGGAGUCCGCGGGCCUGCCGCGCCGCCGCCGCUCAGAGGUGGCCGCGCCCGAGGCCGCGCCCUCCGCCUCCCAGGGCGGCUCCCCCCGGCGCGGUCGGCCCGCCCUGCCCGCGGUCUUCCUGUGCUCCUCGCGCUGCGACGAGCUGCGGGCGGCC